UAACCCCGGUGCACGCAGCCAGCUGAGGGCUCCGGUCAGAGGCCUCAGUCUGAGCUUGGUUGGUGAAGUGACAGGCGUCCACUCUGCUCUGCUCUCUCUCUGCGUGUGUUUCUUCACAUGUUCGGAUGGAUUCCAUCAGGAAAGGGGACGAUUCGGAGGAAGUAGAGAUUGACUUGGAGGACUCGAGUGACUCUGAAGAGUUUGACUAUGAGGAGGAACCUCAGACGCUGUGGAGGGCCCACCCCGCUCUGGAAGAAGAGGAAAGCAUUCAUACUUCUACAUUGGUAGAAAUCAGCGAUACAAUGCCUCUGAUUAAUGUCCGAGACCCCCGAGGUAUCAAUGACUGCCUCAAGGUGACAUUUGAGGAUGUGAUUGCUGAGCCAGUAUCAGUGCGCAGUGGGGACAGAGUUUGGAUCUGGAGCAACGCCCUGUUCGAGGUGUCGCGGGUUUGGAUCUACAGGAUCGUCACGGUGCUUCUGGCCAUUCCCAUAUCCGUUAUCUCCGGCCUCCUCUUUGCCAUCCUCAGCUGCCUCCACAUCUGGAUUGUCGGUCCCUGUCUCCAGUGUACACUGAUGGGCACCCGCUGGCUGCAGAGCCUAUGGAGCAUUGUGCUGGGCAUCAUUGUGCGUCCCUUGCUCACGAGUGCGGGGAGAUGCUGCGGAGGCUUUAGCAUCCACCUGGCCAAAGAAUGAGACUCGCACAUAAGGAGCACAUCCAGACUUGUUGUGUGCAAAAGUGCAACGGUGUUCACGUGGACUGAGCCCAAGUGGGCAUUGCUAUUUGAUUCUUUAGUUUAUUCUUUAUUAUUCAAAAAUAAAAUGUUUUUACCAGGUUAA